AUGCUUGCCCGUCGUCUAGCCGACACCGUCAAUCUCCACGCGCUCGGGCCUAUCACCGUAGCGGCGCGGAUGACUGCGGGUGGCGGCAAGGCCGACGCGCGCCGCACCAUCGCCUUCGCGCUACAGAAGACGGCGGGCUCGGUGCACUGUGGGCGCAGCUUGCACCCGCACUGCGCGCUCGGCGGACGCUGCGACGGCAGUGCGUUGGAGCCACCCUCCUCGGACGGCGUUGGCACAGACACCAAGAUCGUGCCGAUUGCCAUCUUCUGGCACGCUUGGACUGCGUCAGUCCACUAG